GCCGUUUACCCAGCCGAACUUCAACAUCUGCAGAACGCGCGCUGAAUCAUACCAUCGAUGGAUGACUCCACCAAUGGCGAAGUAUAUAUAAUCUGUAUGCCUCGGUCCCGCCACACUUUCAGGUUCUUCUUCCUUCUCCCACUCGCAGACCCUUCUGGCAAACCGCAAGCGAUGUGCGAACACGAAUGGAUGGGAGACUAUUACACGGCACAGCAUUGUCAUCACUUUCACCCGCGCCAUCCGACAGGUAAUGUAACCGAUUGCGGCUCAGAGACGUGCUUGCGGAGCGCCAACCACAAGCACAAGAACGUACUGGAUUGUGGGUGUACGGAGGCGUACACUGUGCGCAACAGGAUACAGAAUACAUUCCGGACGCGCUGUCCGCGCUGCGACCCACAAGCUCACCCACCAGAAUUAUGAGCACCAGUGCAUCGCUUGCAGCACUAUGCCCCUCUUAUCGCUAUCAGUUGUACAGCUACCAUGCCGCCAUACUCUCUUGUAUACCCA